CUGCCUCACAAACUCCCGCCCCACAAGCAGCGGACUGGGCUUCUCCAUCACCAUUUCUUUGCUGCACAAUGUCGAAUGCUCCAACCAACAGCGGCGGCGGGCACGUCGCGCGGAGGUCAAGCGUGUCGCGGGAUCGGCCGCGGCAGAGUCUCCUCCCUCGACAAGCCUGCGGCUUCGGGAUCGGCGGAGAGCGGCGAGCUCGGGGCCCUCAACGCCACCUCGUCCCCGGAGCCUGGGCGCUGCUGCAGCGAGCUACAAGACCACGGACGUCCCGCCCCCUUCGCCGCCGCCCCCUCUUAUUGUUUUACCCCUGCCGAAAGGGCCGGGGAACCCCCCAGAACAACGCCAGCCAAUCAGGCAUCACUUUGGAGAGCUGGACCCAACCUUCUCGCGUCCCUCUGCGGAGCACGCGCAGAACGGCGCCGCGCUCGCGCACCCGGGCGUCCGGAAAGCCGGGGAAGCGGAACCGGCCUCGAGCCGGGGCGAGGGCCCGCUGGCUUGACGUCACAAGGAAGCCGCCUGUCUCGGGCCGUGAUGCUGGAGCCUCCCUUGCCCUUUUCGGGUGGCGCGAACAAGAAAGCUGGCUCCCCGCUGAGCGAUUACCCUUCAAGUACCAGGCACUCCUCUGAUUAUUACAUGAAAUUCACUUAUGUCUCACAAAAACCCAAAGUAGUUACCUAUUUGAAUGCACACUUUACAGAUGAGGAAAGUAAGGCUUAUGAGGUCUAUUUCCCAAGGACACACACCUAUUACUCAUCUCCGCCAGUCAUGGAGGGGCACGCCUAUAAUACCAGCACCUGGGAAGCAGAGGCAGGGGGAUCACCACAAGUUCUAGACCAACCUGGUCUACAAAGCAAGUUCCAGGCCAGCCAGGGCUACAUAAGGAGCCUGUGUCAAUCAUAAAUGUGAUGAUUCCUUGUUUCAACAGAAGCAGUCUGCAUUCACAGCCCACACUCUUAAUUGUGAACUACAGAACACUGCUAUUACUGCUAAUAGUUCAACUGUUUCCAGCUACAUCCAGUGCUUUUUUUUGUUUGUUUUGUUUUUGAUGUGUAAGGUUUCUCUGUGUAUCCCUGGCUGUCCUGGAACUCACUCUCUAGAUCACGAUCACGCUGGCCACAAACUCAGAGAUGGGCCUGCCUCGGCCUUCCAGGUACUGGGAUUUAAGGUGUGUGGUACUGUUCUAGGCUCCAUGCAGUGUUUUUUAUAAGUAUUCCUUAUCCGGUAACCUGGAGUAAAUAUGGAAGAUAUUGAGAGUGGGUGCCGGGCAGUAGUGGUGCAUGCCUUUAAUUCCAGCACUUGAGAGGCAGAGCCAGGCGGAUCUCUGUGAG